GUUCAUUUCUCUCGUCUCUUCCACAUCCGCCUUUCCCUCUCUCUCAACUUUCUGUUGCUACUGCUGCCACCUUUCUCGCUCCGCCCUUCGCUGCCCUGGGUUUUGGUAGCAAAGUUCCUCAUUUUUGUAGUUGGGUUUCUUGGUUCAGAGACAAAAACUUUGAUACAAUGGCUGAAACCAGGAUGGGAAGUAAAAGACAGAAAUCGGAGACUACUUAUAAUGAGGAGAUGGUACAAGUUCAGCCCAACUGGGGAGGCAUGGACGACAACCUUUUGCAACACAUAUUUCGGUUCCUGCCUACGAAAGAUUUGAUACAUUCAGUUACCUUAGUUUGCCAUAACUGGAAGUUAGCAUGUUGGGAGUUUUUGUUUUGGAAGGAUCAUGAGACACUUGACAUAAGCUCAUUGAGGACCCUACUUGGGCCCCGUAAGCCUCUGCUUAAAGGACUCAAGUAUGUGAUGAAAUUGGAUACAAAGGAAGGCUGCUGCCCAGUUCGUAUUAGAAACAUCAUAUUUUCUACUCCUUUGGAUAUGAAGUUCUACCAUUUGGCUUUUGUUGCUAAGAGGUCACCAAAGCUUAGAAAGCUGGUGCUACCAGGAGCAUGCGAUAUCACUAUGGAUCUUAUUUCAACGAUCAUUAAAAAAAACUGGGGAGAGCUUGAAGAGUUGUCCCUUGGACCACUUGCACAUGACUGUUCGGAUCGUUUCUUUCAAAGAAUAUCCAAUUGCAAGAACCUGACUAAAUUACACAUCUUUGGCUCACCUUUAUCAUCAACAGCAAGUCGUUCACACUUCAUUCUAGAUGAGAACAACGCUUCGAUUAUAGCAGAACAUCUGCUGCAGCUCAGGGUAUUCAACAUAGACGGAACAAAGCUGCACAAAUUUGGAGUUGAGACUCUCUUGUCCGAAUGCAAAAAUCUGGCAGAACUUAACUUAAGACAUUGUCGUGGAGUCGUUGAUCCACCAAUUUCUUUCUUAAUCCUAACUCCAAAAAUGAAAUUACUGCAGAAAAUUUUGACAGUGAAGAUCAGAAGUGGCACCGUGAAGAACUGUACAAAGGCAUGGUUCACUUGUUCAUCAGCAGAUAGCUCACUUUGUACGGCAGAAGAGUUGGUAAAUCAAUUAUGGACAGGGGAUGUAGUAGAAAUUGUUCGUUUUAAACUUCAAAUUUUUACAAAAUUAAAUUUGUUUUGAGAAUAUAAGUGUAAAUAAUUAAUUUUCACCUAAAGUAUAUUUAUUUUAUU